GUCUAUGGACUUAUAGGGAUAGCGAUGUCUUUCAUGAUUGCCAACAUCAAGGGACCAAUAAGUCAGAUUACAUACAGCUUGCUGUCAAGUUUUGGUGGAGCCGCUACUGGAAUGUUCUUUUUUGCCGCAUUCUGCCCAUGGGCUAACUCCAAGGGAGCUGUUACUGGCGGAAUGACAGGAAUGGCUAUAGUGCUGUGGAUAGCUCUUGGUCAGAACUUCUCAACAACCAUAAGUAGACCACCAACGUUACCAUCAGCUCCAACUGAUAUGUGCCAGAAUGAUAUAUCCACAAACAUCACGAUUUUGACGUCAUUAGAAUUUGCGUAUAACGUCACCAAUUAUCCACAUGGCGCAACACUAUCACCAACACUACAUUCAGGAAACCAUGGACUCGACAAGCUAUAUUCGAUUUCCUAUUUAUGGCUGACCCCUCUAAGCAUACUGACCACCAUCCUCGUCGGAUCUAUAGUGUCGAUCCUGACAGGCAGGCCAGACCCAUCAGAGGUAGACGUGAAAUACAUGCUGCCUUUCUUUGACUAUUAUGUUCCAUGUUUACCUGAGAGAUUGAGGAAAAUAUUACACUGUGGAGCUGUUUUCAAAAAGAGAGAAGAUAUUGUGGUGAACUCAGAUUCUGGAAAUGAAAAUGAAAAGCUUGCCCUCCAAUUGGAAGAUGGUGGUGCUUAUAAAGAGAAAAACAUUGUUCAAAGUCCGGAAACAAAGCUAAUUUAACAAAGCCAUGUAAACGGCAAAAUGAUAGGUUCGAGCAAGUUUGCAUUCUUGUAGAAAACGUCCUGUUUUUAACCGCAAGUCUUUUAAGCAAUAAUGUUAUACAAGUUGAGUUAUACAAUUUGAACAAUUGGCAUUUACUGUUACUUGUCUUACUUUACUUGUCAAGUCAUAUAAAAGAAACAAGAAAAACACAAAAUACCGACAUAAUCUAUAGGAAGUCUAUGGGCACUCCAGAAAAAAGGUAUAAUAAAAAGACCAGGUGCUCCGGAAUAGUAAGCAUCUUCUAUUUCAUCAAUGACACCGCCAUACAGAUCUAGGUCAAAUCCGGGUUACUCACAAUCCGAAAUGAGAAUUAGGGUGGUGACAAUGGUACGACUUGCCAUAUCAACAAUCACCGAACGAUUCUGGCUUCAUAUCGUACAAGUAAUCAGGAUAUUUUCGAAUUACCUCUUGAUGUCGGCCAUACAAUCAAAGGCAAAGCCUAUUCAAAUGAUGUCAUCUUUAAACGUAACAAAUCAGGAAUUCAGAAAAAAAAGACUUUUUCUACAAAAAGAAUUGAAAAUGAAAUAUCAACCAUAGAACGUUCUCUGGCAAAAUGGAUAGCAGUAUGGGAGAAAAACAUUAUUAUGUAACAAUUUGUAUGGCUUAGAAUCGAGUGAAUAAUACAAAAAAUAAAAGAUAUACUAGACUGUAAUAUCUAAGUUCAAAGGAAACAAAGACGUUGUUUUCAAGAUCGCUAAAUAACGUCUAUAGUUUAUCAGAACUGCCACAGAUGUAAGUUCAUGCGUAAUAAACAAAGUGGCAAUGUCCCUGGAGAUUCAACGGAGAGGAUAAUGAUGAAACCUAGCGUACAAUAGAUUACAAUAUUCCUUGAUUUAAACUUAUUACAUUUGCUGUUUAUUAUCGUUCUUCCUGUAUAAAGGAAAUGCCAUAAUGUAAUAUGGUGAAGUAAGAAAAGGUAUUCAUAACGGUACAUGCUUAUUGAAUGGCGUUUAAGAAAAUAUAUCAAGAAAACGCUUUCAUUCAGAAAGUAUUAUAAUUUUAAGUCUCUUAUGAGGGAGGUAACAUAGUUGGAAAGUGGGGAAGAGAUGACUAUAGAGUUCAGGGUCGACACACAUAUACCAUCAAGCUGAAUAUUGAAAGGGGGUCAACUAUUUGGGCAGUCCUUUCAGCAGGCUAUUCGCAAAAGGAAAAUUCAUUGAAAUCGAAAUAGGCAUUAGUAAAUGUUACAACUGGACAUUUACACGUAAUCGGGGUUAUGGGCUGUGCAUCCAAGGAAUUUUAGGGGUUAGAUAACUCGUGAAUAAUGUGACUGUAAUAAAAAAAAAGACAAUGUUUGACCAUCAAAAUUCUAUUUAGAUUUGAAUAUGAACUUUUUCAUUACAGCAUUAGAAUAAGAUGUGAAUUUGAGUAAGUUUUGGUUAAGUUGCUAAUACAGAAUUCUUCUUUGAAUAUAUCGUGAAGGAGUAAUGUUAUUUGCAACUAAGGUCUGGUCAAGCUCUCAUUUUGAAUGGCAAUUGUUAAUGAAACUGUCCAAUCCUGGACAUUCAUUGCAAAAAUGUCCCUCUUAUCCACCACCCGACCCGCACAGGUGUGCUCCUUGUAUAAAUCAUCUAAGGAAGUAUCACUUUACUGUAAACUUGAAACUAUCGUUGUGUAUAGAAUAUCGUUGUUUGUUUUCAUGGUUGCUAUGGAAACAAACGUGUACUGGUUUAAAACAUACAAGGUGUUUGAUCUUGGGUGUCCAUGUAUCUAGGCGUCAAGGUGACUUUUGACUAGGUUAUCUUGUGUUGACCGAAAUUGAAUACACAGGAAUCAGUUUCACCAAGGACAAACGCGAAAUAUAAGUAUUGUAUGUAAAGUAUCUGAACAUGAUUUUCCGUUUUGUUUAAUUUAUUAAGUAUUAUAAAUAUUUAGAGUGUAUGGUUUAGUACAAAAACACAGGUUUGUCAUAUAAGUGUUCGCCUCUGCAUAUUUGGCACAGUAAGCCAAUGAAUUCUAGUAAAAUGUCAGCAUUGGUCAGGACUGAAUAUUUUCUAUCGGCGGUUAGUAAAGUCAGCAUAGACCAUUACAAGUUAUCUCCCUUCGGAUGGUCAGACUAAUAUAGCAUAGCAAAUAGAACCAUGAAAGGUAAAAACAUAGUCACAAAUUGUAUAAUGUAGUCAACAUAUGUUAUAUAUAUACAUAUGUAUGAAUAAACAUGGUCUUGUU